UCAUUUUAAAUUAGAUUCUCCCUUCCAAACAAGUUUUAAUUAGGUUGUUUCCACCCAUUUUCCCAUCUUUCCUUCUUUAUGAUCUACUCCAAAAUUUGUUCUAUUAAAAAGAUCCCCCGUGCGCGUUCUUCACAGGCCAAAAAAUAAUCAAUUAUAGGGGGGAAAACCUUCUGAACCACAAAAAUGAGCCCAAAAGAGAGCAAAAUCAGCAGAUUCAUUAGAGCACCUAUUAGGGUUUUGUCCAAAGCCAGGGAUUUAUACGUUAAAAGCAUGUUGAAUUGCGCUGGAGAAUUCACUUAUGCCAGUGCCAUGGGGUGUCCAACCCCACAAACCACGAGUUUGCCUAGAAGUUUCAGUGUUAACUCAACGGUGUCAAGCUCCGAUGAAGACUUCCGGGAACUUAUUAGGGCUUCUUCUACCCGGAGUCUUACCGGAAAAAUCGAGACAGAGAUUCUCCGGUCAAAACAAUUACCUGGAGUACUAAAGGUUGUGCCUCGUUCACAGACUGUUACUGUUGGGAGGAUUGAUGAAGACAAACCCUGUGAAUUUGUGGAAGAUGUGGCGAUAAACCCGAAUUUGUAUCCAAGAAGUAGAAGCUAUGCACCUCCAAGCAGAAGUAAAAUGUUCUGAACAAUUUGAUCGAGAUGAACAAAAUAUUGAUGAAUACUGUCAGGAAAAUUUUGCAUUUUUUUUUUCUGCCCUUUUUUUUUUCUGCCCUCCGUUGACUCUCUGAGCUGUAAUAUACAUACUAAUGUAUGAUGAUUAUGAAUAUCCAUUUGAGAAUAAAUAAAUCUUGAAUACUUUAGUUAAAGAAAA